UGGGACUCCGUGCGGCCCUCGGCGCCCGCGGUGCUGCUGGAGCGGUGCCUGGCCACGGGUGCCUUGAGCAAGGAGACAUUGGAUUUAACCUAUAGAAAAAAGCCAUGCUUUGUGAAAUUCGCAGAGAUGGAGAAAACUGCAGACAUGCAAGCUGAGCUCAAUGAGAUAGAACUGAAAACUGAAAUGCUGCAGUUGGAGAAUGAGACAGCAGACAUUGCUCACCCUUUUUAUUUAAGCCAAAAAUGCGAGAUUUUGCAAGAUAUGAACAGGCACUUGGAAGCUGUACUGAAAGAGAAGAGGGCUCUCAGAAAGAAGGCGAUAAAGCCCAGAUGUCAAGAGAGCCUGCCUAUUGAGGCUACCUUCCACAAGAAUAUAGUGCAGUUGUUGACUGAGGCUGUGACUUUCAUUGAGAAGCUUGACAGCCAUUUGCAGUCUGUAAGAAGCAUCCCUCAGGUACCAAACACGGUGAAGAAUAUGGACACUGCCUUGACAAAAGCUGAAAUGCUCAUGAUGGAGUUGGAGGAGCUGACACAGCAAAUACUGAAAUGGAGAGAACUGCAAAAAGAAGUGUAUUCUGACAGCAUCUGCAAUACUGCUGAAUUGGACUUUGGCUUAUCUUUAACCUAG